AUGUCUUCGAUAUCCGGAGCAUGUAUGGUAUCGAAGAUAUCAGGAAUGAUUCAUAUCAGAGAAGAUACGACCCCACUGGUCUUAGAAUGGAACGCAAUAGAUCAGCUGAAAACAGUAGCCAUACCUUUGAACUCAUUAACUAAUUUAAGAGCUUCUAAAGAGACGGCACCCAAGAUGAUGUUAUUGGUGUUAUACAAGUUAAAUAAUGAUCAGGAUGAGAAAGAGCUAAGGCUUACGUUUACUAAUAGGCCGACGAUGAACAAUAUUAAAGAUUCUCUACAGACCAUCGUUGCGAGACAGAAAACGGUGAUCAAAGACAGUCCUACGCCAAUGCCGAGUUCGAGUGCCCCAAGCACGCCAGUACCACUGUCUAGUGCUAACUCCGCUGGUUCUACUUCAACAUCGAAUAUGUUGUCAUUUACAGACCCCCAAUCGUUAAGUGAUCUGAGCCUCUUGAAAAACCAUCAAUUACAACAAAAAUUGUUAUUAGAGGAUAAAAACUUGAGAAAUACCUUUACUCAGUCGGUUAUAAACUUCAAAUUAUCUCCAAAUGUGUUUUGGCUGACAAGAUUAAAUCAAUUAAGAACAUAUGCAUUAACCAUCUCCCAACAGAAAGGCCCGUAUAACGUACUAUCGACCAUUAAGCCCGUCGCAUCGUCGGACAAUCAAGUGAAUGUCAACGUAACUAGAGAUACUAUAAACGAAAUAUUCGGUACUUAUCCUAUAAUCAGAAAGGCGUUCGAUGAUUUAGUUCCUUCGAAGUUUCCUGAAGGGGAAUUUUGGUCAAGAUUCUUUAACUCUAAGUUAUUUAGACGGUUGAGAGGUGAUAAGAUCAAUACUUCUAAUGAAAGGGGGGACUUUGUAUUAGAUAAGUACUUAUACAUUGAUCUGGACUUUGUUGAAAAAGAAGAUGCUGACGAGUCAAAUAAGCAGACUAAAUUACCGGAUAAAUCAGAAGUUCAAGUCAAUAAAUUUUUAGAUCUUUUAGGAAAUGAAGAAGACAACUCCCAAAAGCUAGGCAAUAUGCCAGAUAUAACAAUGAGAUAUUCAGAUGAUGUGAAUAAACAAAAUGCAUUAUUAAAUCCAACGGUGAGAGGCAAAACUCCGCAAAAGGGACAGGAGAACGAAAUGAUCAUUCUUAUGAAGAAUAUGAACAAAUUAUCAUCCAAAAUGGUACAUAUGAGUGCAGAAUCUGAAAGCCAUAAAACUCAGGAUGAUGAUUUAUCGGCAGCGGAAGUAAACGAAUAUGAACAAGAAUUAAAUUUGCAUGAUUUGAACGAAAUAGAAGACUUGAAGUACGUUGAACUUAACAUCAACACCAAAAGUCACAUUAUGUUUGCAGACUCUCAAGAAGAUAGUACACAGAACGUAUCCCCCGACGAAUUGUCGGCAUUUUUGUCUGGAAACACUUUCCAGCCACAGCUCAACGGAAUCAAUCUUACUGAAACGUACUCUUCCAAAAAGGAUGAAAUAAACAAAUCUGCCAAUGAUAUAACGACUUUGAUCAAACAAAAUUUCAGGACUUUUAAAUUAAUAAAUCAGUCGUCCAAGGAAUCGAGUGAGAAUGUAAUUGUUCCCGAUUCAAUGAUUCAAGAAAUCGUAACAUACAAUAUAACAAUCAUGGAAUUUUUGUCUCAAUUUUGGAAAUUGUUCUUAAACGGUACUAACCCAAAUCAAUUAAAAAAGAUAUUUGCAAGUUUAAAAAAUUGUAAAAACGCCUUAAACCAAUUGUCAGAGAAAAUCACAACCACGAUUAAUAAUAGUAGUUUAGUUCAAGACAAACCAAAGUUGAAAGAAAAACUAUGCAAGGACUUAGCAACAUGCAUUAGUCCGCUUCAGAAUGGACUUGACAAGGCCUGUACUGAUUACAUUAAAGCUGUAAGAAUGUCUACAGAAACAAACGAAAAUGGAAAAAGGCCGCUAGAGUAA